CUUGUUAAUUUCUAAAGGAUAUGCGUCUCACACUAGAGAAAUCCAUGCAUUGAAUUUUGUGCGAAAAAUUUACUGGUUCAAAUUGGUGGUAGUAGCCGCAAACUGUCCCCCUCAAUAUUUUUUCAUGUUAAUAGUUUUAUGUAACUCUUUUUCAGGAGAACUUGAAAUUUGCAUUGAAUUUUGUGGUUUUUAUCUUUAGUAUUGUAGAAACAUGUAGUUUGUGUUGAUAUUUAUGAUUUUGUACAUUUGUUGACUUAUUACCAAUUGUGUAUAAACUUCAAACAUGAAAGGAUAGUGUUCAGAUAUUUAUUGUGGUUUUUUGUGUGAAGCCAAAAUGUUGGGGUUUUUUUUAAAAGAGGGAGCUUCUUGCAUCCCACCAUCCUUACUCAUUUUUCAUGAGUGCUUAAUCUUCUUAUUAUAUGAAAACCACUUGUUAAAGUACAGAGAAAUGAUCAUUACUGUGUAUUGUUUAUUUUAUUGAUAGUUGUACCGCAGGUUGAGUCCCUGUAGUUUGGUUUUAAUUAACAUAUACCCUUUGAUUGCUUGUAACAAUUUUGUUGUAUACCAUUUAUGGGUUUAUUCUUGCCAUGGAGGUUGUAGGGGAAAAAAAACUCUUUUUAACAUUGCAUUAUAUGGUUGUCUCAUCGUACUGGAAGCUGUGUAGUUAUGGUGAUGAAGUGAAUUCAGUCAUUUUUGUAUGAAGUUCACAUGGGAAGUCAGGAACUGACGCCAUGCCAACAUAAGUAUGUGUUUCUAAUACAAGGUCAAAAACAGGUCACCGGAACAUUCCAUAGUGCAAAUAUUGCCCAAGUUUUGUUUUUUUCUCUCUGAAAGAAUGAUUGUGGUCCUUAAUUGUGCUUAUGACACCCCUAUUUUGCCCAAGUUUCUUAAUUUUGAUUAUAUUAUUUAAAAGGGUUUUAAAACAAAAAUUGAUAUAUUCGAAGUUGCUGGCAACAAUGUGUAACAUUUUUCAAUAGAAAUUUUUAAAGAAAAGUUGACUGUCGAGACCCUAGGAAGGGAAGCUUAUCUAUCUGUUUUGACAAAUGUCUCUAUUUUUCAUAUCUUUUAGUUUUAAGGGUCAGAUAUAGUCCAAGUCCCAUUUUCAUGUUUUCAAUCAGUGAUUAUAUAUAUAUAUAUAUAUAUAUAUAUAUUUGUUUUAAGUGUACAUAUAUAUAUAUGGAGGGCUCUACCAUAUUUAAAUUAAAUACCUCAAUCAGGACUCUUGCACUAAAUGGUACACCGAGCAGACACAUGUAAAUUUUGACAAACUGUAGCUAGUAAUUCCCACAUCAUCUAGUCAGACAUUUAAAGUGACUGAGCUCAUACCCCCUAUAAUAUUUUGUAUCAUUAAUGACUGUGAUAAAUUUUGAUUUGAUUUUUUUCUUUCAAAUUUUUAUUUCACUCAAAAAUUGUCUGCUUGGUGGUUCAUUUACUGCUUUGAUGCCAAACUUCAAUUGUAAAGGUGGAACCUUAAAAGCAUAAUUAUUUUGAUUGUUUUUGCAAUAUAUAUACCUAUAGAUAUAUUAUCAUGUUUGCAAUAUACAUUUAUAUAUAAAUACUUGACAUGAUUUAUUUGUGUUUGCAUGUUACAAUUAAAAAAAAAUGUUGAUCAUGUUUCAUCUCAAGUAAGUUCAAUAUUGAUUAUACAAGCCCAAAGUACACAUAGGAAAAAAAACGAAAAUCAUGGACAAUAAGUAAGUCAUUGUCAUUUCUUUUCUUGUUUCUUCUCCAGUCUUAGAUUUGUCAGGUAAAAAAGUAAGGAUGAAAAAAAAAAAAUGCGAACUUACAGUGGCAGCUUCUGUUUCAGUAAAUUCUGUUAAACGAUCCUCUAUAUUUAGAGAAAUCAGUAGAGAAACGGCAAAGAAAUGACAGUGGCUCUUGUAAUCAUUCAUAGGAAACUGCCGAGUUGAAUGCAUGCUAAUUAAGGUUCACAUGUGAAAAGUGUGCAAUUUCUUUCUUUUUUUUUUUACUUGAUAAUUUAUGACCAAUAAAUCUGUUUUGAUGAAACA